AUGGGUCAAAAAGGAACCAAAUUACCAGAGGCUCGGAUUCUGCUUUUGGGUCUGGAUAAUGCGGGCAAGUCCACUCUUCUCUACAAACUCAAACACAAGAUCUGCGUACAAACCAGUCCGACCGUAGGAUUCAACGUGGAAAUGAUUGAGGUGAGGAAAAACAGAAAGAAUAUUGCCGUAACCAUGUGGGACGUGGGCGGACAAGGUCCAAUGAGAGAGCACUGGAUGACUUUCUACCAGGACACCGCGGCCAUCGUGUUCGUGGUGGACAGUUCUGACCGGACGCGGUUUCACGAGUCGAAGCGAGAGCUUGAGCUGACCCUGGGCAGUGACGAGCUGCACUGCCGUCCCCUGGUGGUGCUGGCAAACAAACAGGAUGUAGAGGGCGCGAUGACAGUCUCCGAGAUCAAGAAUGGUUUAAGCCUGAGUAGACUGUGCCCGGACCGAGACUGGUUCGUUCAGCCGUGCUCUGCAUCCACCGGUUCUGGACUGGAGGAGGCCUUCAGGCGGCUGGUCCACAUGAUUAAACUCACACAUGUGACAGGAGUCAAGGGACACAUCAAGGAAACUGUGCAAUAUUUCAGAAGUGGAAACUGA